GGGCAGGAGCGGCAACUCCACGGCGCGGACGCGGUGGCCAGAGGUUCAACUCGCACCGGCCUGAUCCAGCCUGAAGAUGUCCCCACUGGUCACCGUGGUGUCUGGCCCCCGCGCCCGGCUCUUUGCCUGCCUGCUCAGGCUGGGUCCUCAGCAGGCCAGCCCACUUCAGCUGCACACAGGGGCCAACCUCAUGGCCAAGAACUACUAUGAGGUGCUGGUGCUGGGCGGGGGCAGUGGUGGGGUCACCAUGGCUGCCCGUAUGAAGAGGAGAGUGGGCGCAGAGAAUGUGGCUAUUGUUGAACCCAGUGAGAGUCAUUACUACCAGCCAAUCUGGACACUGGUGGGUGCUGGUGCCAAGCAGUUAUCCUCAUCUGGGCGUCCCACAGCAACUGUGAUUCCAUCUGGUGUAGAAUGGAUCAAAGCUAGAGUGGCUGAGCUGAACCCAGACAAGAACUGCAUCCGCACAGACAAUGGCAAGGAGAUAUCCUACAAAUAUCUUAUUAUUGCUCUCGGAAUCCAGUUGGACUAUGAGAAGAUUAAAGGCCUACCUGAAGGUUUUGCCCAUCCAAAAAUAGGGUCCAAUUACUCAGUUAAGACAGUGGAGAAGACAUGGAAAGCUCUGCAGGACUUCAAAGAGGGCAAUGCCAUUUUUACCUUCCCAAAUACUCCGAUAAAGUGUGCUGGAGCCCCACAGAAGAUCAUGUAUUUAUCGGAAGCCUAUUUCAGAAAGACAGGGAAGCGAUCCAAGGCCAAUAUUAUUUUCAACACUUCUCUUGGAACGAUUUUUGCGGUUAAGAAGUAUGCUGAUGCCCUGCAAGAGAUCAUCCGGGAGAGGAACCUCACUGUUAACUACAAGCAAAACCUCAUUGAAGUCCGAGCUGAUAAACAAGAGGCUGUAUUUGAAAAUCUGGACAAACCUGGAGAGACUCAAGUGUUUUCAUAUGAAAUGCUUCAUGUGACACCACCAAUGAGCCCACCAGAUGUCCUCAAGACGAGCCCUGUGGCUGAUGCUGCUGGCUGGGUGGACGUGGAUAAAGACACUCUACAGCACAAGAAAUACCCCAAUGUGUUUGGGAUUGGGGACUGUACCAACCUUCCUACUUCAAGGACUGCUGCUGCUGUAGCUGCCCAGUCAGGAAUACUUGAAAAAACAAUUUCUUUGAUUAUGAAGAAUCAAACACCAAGGAAGAAGUAUGAUGGCUAUACAUCGUGUCCAUUGGUGACUGGCUACAGCCGUGUGAUUCUUGCGGAGUUUGACUACAAUGCUCAGCCACUGGAAACCUUCCCCUUUGACCAGGGUAAAGAGCGACUUUCGAUGUAUCUCAUGAAGGCUGACCUGAUGCCUAUCUUGUAUUGGAAUAUGAUGCUAAGGGGUUACUGGGGUGGACCAGCCUUUCUGCGGAAGCUGUGCCAUCUGGGUAUGAGUUAAGGCUGCCUCAACCCUCGCUUACCUUGGAUGACCUCUGGACCCAAAUUACAGUCAUUGAUUGGCCAAAGACAGCACGGAGAACUCAAAACCUAACCCUACAAAGAGUUUACUCCUGGAUGAUGGUGAUCAAAUGCCUUCUUCUUCAGGACUUCUGGACAGCCACUGUGUGGGCUGCCCAGGAUGAGCGUGAUUCUUUGGAUGUAUCUAAAUGAAAGAAUAGAUUUCUAUUUUUUAAAUAAAAGCUUUGCCAUUGA